AUGUCAGACUCGCCUCUUGCUGCGAUAUCUGAGUCGACAUCCGCUAACGAAAGCAGAAUACGAUCUGCAAAGCGGAAACUCGACGAUGCUUUCCAAAUCAUUGACAAUGCUGUCGCCAGGGGCCAAAGGACUCAGGACGCGUCGGAACGGCCCCCUCCACCAAAGAGAGCGAAUACGAUACGUUCUCUCUACUCAACCUUGAAGAAGUAUGGCAUUAAAGCAAACGAGACAACAGGUUCAAGAACAACCUCUAUUGCUCUUCCAUCUGGAAAACACACUCCUCAUUUAAGUGCCAUCCUAUCAAGAGCCGCCUCGAGGACUAAGAGCACAUUUACGUUCAAGUCUUCAGCUCAAUCCUCAACAACACUUGGCCCCCUUCUUCCACCAACAGCAGAAUACCGACCAUCUUCGCUUCCUUCCUUUCUUUCACGACUUGCUACGUACAAGUUAACGUCGUACUCUAACAAGCCUGCUUCAAUUGAUGCUGUGGCUGCAUCCAAGUGCGGUUGGAUAAAUGACGGGAAAGAUCGCUUAGUCUGUGGCUUGUGCAAUGCCUCAUGGGUUGUUUCCGGAAGAGAAGGUCUGAAUCGCGAUGCUGCGAACGCUCUAAUCGAGAAGCAACGCGUGUCCUUGGUGGAAACCCAUAAGAACGGCUGCCCUUGGAAAACGCGUCAGUGCGACGAUUCCAUCUAUUGCAUACCUCUCCAAUCUUCAGGCAUGACAAUACGAAAUAUCAACAGUCGUGCAGUCAUAAUGAACUCUGUGGUCCAGGAUAUUCUUGUAAAACACCCCCUGUAA